GUUCGCGCACACUGGCGAGCUUUGCGAUUCGCGGAACUUCUCGAGGACAUCUUUUGCACUGCCUUCGCCGUACAAAUGAUGAUAGUUGUCGUAACGCUGAGCAUUACUCUACUGCAAAUCGUACUGCUGUUUCACGAUAUUAUGGAAGUGGUGAGGAGUGUAGCGUAUGUAAUCGGUCAAGUGAUACACUUGUUCUGCUUCAGUCUGCAGGGCCAGAAGUUGAUUGAUCACAGCGUGCAAAUGCGCGACAAAAUAUAUAAUUCCUCCUGGUACGAAAUACCCGUGAAAUCGCAAAGGCUGCUGCUGUACGUGAUGCGAAGGAGCCUGGAACCCAAUUUUUUGAGCGCCGGCAAGAUUUACGUCUUCUCUUUGAGGAGCUUCGCCACGGUUAUACAGUCUUCGAUGUCGUAUUUUACCGUACUUGCAUCCUUCCAAUGAUCAAUAAUCAAUAUACUAUUCGGAUAGUAUCUCUGUGCAACAACAAUUAUGUUAUAGUAAUAAAAAUUGCGCAGUGGAAAUAAUUGAAAUAAAAUAAUAGGAAUAAUAUUUACAUCCUAAUUAAUUGUGAACAAAUUUCUACUAUUAAAAUAUUGUUGGUAAAUAUAAUAAUUUAAAAAUCUCACUGUUUCACGGACAAAGUCCACAAAUUGUGGAGAAAUAAGCAGGAAUGGAAAAUGAAGAAAUAGGUAAGGGACCGUGACAUUUGUCUUGAAUGCUGAAAUGAGCUUGUUUCUUUUUGUUUGGGCCUAGAGGUAAGUUAUUACGCGGGUUAACAGAUUCUUAGUAAUGGACUAGGUUUUAUUUGCAUCUAGAGUAUAUAAUACAUAGUAACGUCGUUAGCGCGAGUUGCGAAAACAAGUGAAUUCAAAUCGUUAACUGAUGAAAUUCGAUUUAAUUUUAAUAAGUAUUUCAAGCAAAAAUCACGCAUUAUCGGCGACCGACGAGCACGUCAUGUCCCGCCCGUCGAAACGAUCAUACUACACUUGUCAGUUGAACUCUCGAUAUCUACCGUUACAAAAAAUCAAAGUCGUCAAAGUCAAAGUUAAGCUCGAAUAAAAAGAAGUAAGUCUUAAAUAUCUUAAACGUUUAGUUUGAUAACUUACUCAUCUCUAUAUAUAUUAAUAAAAUCUUCUUCGUGUUAGGCAAAAGUUGUAUCGCAAAAAUAUAUUGCCAACUUUCGCCAGAUAUUUUUAUAGCGAUUAAAAAGAAAGUCACGUUGCAGCGUCGACGCGUAUACGGCGUAUACCACGCUCGGUAUGCCAUACCGUUUGGAUAUUCCGGCGUAUAGGAGUUCCGAGUCCCUUCCGUCGAUCCUUUCUUCAUAAGCGAAAAACGUAUAACGAGAGAAGAAAGGCCGAGAGAUUGGAUUCGACGAUUAAUCCUGGGCUUUUAAUUUCGGUGACUCGUAACGUCGAACUUGAGACCGUAAGUCUUACACGAUCUAACGGGAUAUGUACGUGGAUAUAUUGCGCACGUGUACGCACGGUCUCGCGUUGCACGCGAGACGAAAUGUCUGUCGCGUUUUCAUCGCACAUCGAGCGGUGCGUUUAGCUGCCUUUAAAUGUUGGAGAAGACGUAUCUCUUCGAUAUUUAACGACCGAGAGGAAAUUUUGCCAUCACAUAUAUAGUAAAAUAUUUAGACUUCUUUCAAAACUACCGUGCUUUCGAGAGCAAUGAGAAAAUGCUUUUGCACCAAAACUUGCACCGCUCAAGUGUACACUGAAGACACGAAUAAAAGAGAGAGAUAGAGACGGCCUUCUUCUUAGCUUCUUUCGAAGGUAAAAAACGACACCUAUCGCUUUCGAACUUCUAUACCGGAUACUUUUCGGCGCCUGUAUAUAAUGCCCUUGUCACAUAAUCUCUCUUUCAUCUAUAAUUAUUGUAGUAGUAUUGUCUGUUUCCCGACUGCGUUCGUCCUUGUUUACUCUAUAACGCUUAGGCGAUCGUGCGAUCGUGAUAAAAGUGACGUUCGAAAAGAUCCUGACGAUCCGGUUUGGAUACGCUAUUUUUUUUCACGUUGCGAUUGUAUGAAUGUAUAUAACUGUCAAUAGUAUGUACAUACAUAUUUCCGUGUACAUUACGUCCAACACUUGCUAAUUAUUCGUGGUGUACAUAUAUCUUUACGUAUUAUAUUUAUAUAUAUAUAUAUUUAUCGCGUGGUAUACAGUAUACGAUAUUCGUAUGUA